AUGGUUUUUUGCAUGCGAGGUCUGUGGAAUAUAGUUCCUUGUAGAAACAAGGCAUCGGAGAAGGUUAUGAAAAGCACAUAUCUGAAAACUUAUGAGACUCUUCAGAGCGAAGAUGAUUCCAACUCUCUUGUGGAUAAUGAUGGAAUGGAUGAAAUGCUUACAAAAGACAGUUUUCGGGGAAUGAAAAGUAGAGGAAGUGAAAGAAAAAUGCCUAGAAAAAUCAGGAAGGGUGCUUCUAUGUCUUCUGAAGUAAAAAUUGAUGAAAGGAAGAAACAAACAACAAAAUCCAAUAGUAUGACGAAUAGUGAUGACUCCUGGAGUGACAGCUAUGAAGACACAUUUGAGAAGACAGAGUUUAGAAGUAGUUCCAAAGAAAAAAGGAAGAACAGAGAGAGAUACGACAAAAAAGAGUCAAGGAGCAGUAGAAGAGUCUUUUCAGAAGAUUCAAGUUCUGGGGAUGCUCAAGGUGGUAGAAGAUCCUCUAAGGCAAUGGACAUGGCUUCUAAGAAAAGUGAGAUACUUGAGAAAUACAGGAAUAGGAUAUACAGCGGAGAUAAAAGGCAUUAUAAUUCAGACGACAUUUCAAAGGAGUCUGAUAUGGAAUCCAGCAAUUACGGAAAGAAAGAGAGGUCUACUGGGAGUACCUCUAAACAGAGACCUGAUGAGCAUAAGGAUUCUCAUAAUCUUGAUGACAGCGAAAGCGAAAUCAGCUUCAUAAUGGAUAUCUAUGAUAAAUCAUCACUGAAUAACAGCUUAAGAGAAAAGAUGUUUGAAUACCUAAAACAAAUGGAAAGGAAAGGCUAG